AUGAGCAAAUUAAGAUUACCCAUAAAUUGGAAAAGUUUAGAGUUAGAACUUGGAGAAGCUCUUAAGGCAGAUCAAUUAUACAGAUUACAAAAUGAUGCCAAACUAAGAGCAGUGGAGCAGAAUGUAUCUACGUAUGAAGAUUUUAGACAAAUGGUGAAUGCUGCCCAUUUGAAACCCUUGGAACGUGCUGAUUUCAAACCUGUAUCACAGAGACCUUGGAAUCCUGUUGUUGAUAUGGACAAUUCAAAUACAGCAAUGUUGCUCGAUCUGGUAAAUGAAAAACAGUCUGAAGAUUGUCGCAAGGUCUCCCCCGAACAGGAGAUUAAUAUCUUUCAAGAUAAAAUACCUACCACGUAUAGACAAUUUGUGCAAACUUGGAAAACGAUCAAAGGAAACAUACCUUACUAG